UUGAAACAGGAGAGCUCAAGUUUGUGUGAGUGUGGUGGUCAUCAGUGUGGAUCGCGUAGUUGAUGACUUGUUCGUUGCAUUUAUUGUCUCGGAUUGGGCACAUAUACACGCAGUUAUUAGUGCAGAAUGUCCUUAACAAACUUAUUACCCGCUCCGACCCAAGUGGUGUGGGACAGAGAGGAUGAAGCACGCGAGCAAAAAUUGCGCCAAAGACCCGUCUCGGCACUGGUCAAGGCUGUUGUCACCGCUCCGCCUUAUGGACAACGACGGGGCUGGGUACCACGCACCCCAGAAGACUUUGGAGAUGGAGGAGCCUUUCCGGAGAUCCAUGUUGCACAGUACCCACUGGGCAUGGGGAUGAAAGGCAAGGAAACGACGAGCAAUGCGUUGGCAGUGCAACUCGACGCUCAAGGGAAAGUGAAGUAUGAUCUUAUAGCGAGGCAAGGUCACGGUAAAGAUAAGAUCGUAUACAGCAAAUUGAGCGACCUGUUGCCAUCAGAAAUCACAAACGAGGAGGAUCCUACGUUGCAGCGACCAGAUGAGGAUGAAAUUGACGAACUGACGGAUAAAACGAAAAGGGCGUUGGAAAAAAUAACGAGAUCGAAAAUCGCGGCUGCCAUGCCGGUGAGAUGUGCCGAGAAACUAGCUCCGGCUCAGUAUAUCCGAUACACACCGUCGCAACAAGGGCAGUCGUUCAAUUCGGGCGCAAAGCAAAGGGUCAUCAGAAUGGUGGAGGCGCAAGUGGAUCCCUUGGAGCCACCAAAAUUCAAGAUUAAUAAAAAAAUCCCGAGGGGGCCGCCAUCUCCUCCAGCGCCAGUUAUGCACUCUCCCACGAGAAAGGUGACGGUGAAAGAACAAAAAGAAUGGAAAAUCCCACCCUGCAUUAGCAACUGGAAGAACGCAAAGGGCUACACAAUUCCAUUGGAUAAGCGUCUCGCCGCGGACGGCAGGGGCCUGCAGCAGGUCCACAUCAACGAGAAUUUCGCCAAGCUAGCAGAGGCGCUAUAUAUCGCUGACAGAAAAGCCCGUGAGGCCGUCGAGAUGCGCGCGCAGCUGGAGAAGAAGUUGGCUCAGAAGGAGAAGGAGAAGAAGGAGGAUCACUUGAGGCAACUCGCGCAAAAGGCCCGAGAAGAGCGUGCUGGUCUGAAAUCUGCUGCUGCGUUAGAGAAGACUGAAGAGUCCCGUGAGAGGGAUCAACUGAGGCAGGAGAGGCACAAAGAUCGCGCACGUGAGCGUAAUUUGGCCCGCGCCGCUCCCGACAAGCGGUCGCGCUUGCAACGCGAACGAGAGCGCGACAUCAGCGAACAGAUCGCGCUUGGCUUACCCGCGAAGAGCAUUCCGAACACGGGUGAAGCGCAGUUUGAUCAGCGUCUCUUUAAUACCAGCAAAGGCAUGGACAGCGGUUACGGGCAUGACGACGAGUACAACGUGUACGAUAAGCCGUGGAAGGACAGCAACUCCAUUGCUUCGCACAUUUAUCGUCCUAGCAAGAACAUCGACAAAGAUACUUAUGGAGAAGACCUGGAGAAAUUGGUCAAGACAAACAGAUUCGUUCCUGACAAGGAGUUCAGUGGCACUGACAGAUCAGCCACGCGAUCGGGACCGGUACAGUUUGAGAAAGACGAGGAGGAUCCGUUCGGUCUGGAUCAGUUCUUGAAGCAGGCUAAGCGUGCCAGCGGCUCAGCCACGACAACAAAGCGCAAAGACGACCGUGACCAGCGCAGAGACGAUCGCGAUAAACGAAGGAAGCAUUAAACGUUAUUCUGCUAAUAUUGUAUAUAAAACUGGUAAACAUGAAAUAUGUACAAUUAUCGCGAUGUAAUUAUCAAAUUUAUAAAAUAUUGACAAGAACUGAUGUAAUAUUGAAUCGGAAUGUGAAAUAUUCGGAAACUAUUAUGAAAGUGAUCGUAAGAACUAGAGACAUCUUUACGCUGGACUUGCAAAUCGCUCUUUCAGCAUUCUUGAUUGAGAUUCUGAAUCAAGGAUAUUGAUCCUUAGGAGUUUAAACAACAGGUGUAUUCUUAUGUGUAAAGUAUGCAAUGCAUUAAAACAAUUUUAUUAAUAUUGCGUAUUUAUGAAUAAAAAUAUUAUACACACUUUUUUCAGAAUAAAAUAUUGGACUAACCGAAAAGCCUGUGCGGAUUGUUUUAGCAAAAUCAAGGCUCUGUAAUGCAGAGCUUUGUAUUAAUUCUUAAUGUAGGUAGUGUAGGUUUUGCGGUUGAAUUUUGUCGAGAAGUUCCGCACGGACUUUCCGAUCAACCCAACAAAAAAA